GCCGAGACAGCGAGCGCGGCUGCGGGCGCGCGGGGAGCAGAGGCGGUGGCGGGCGGCGGCGGCACCGGGAGCCGCCAAGUGCCCCUCCCCGCCCCUCCGGCCCCCACCCACCCACCCACCUGCCCGCGGCCAGCGCCCAUGGCCGCGCGCGCCCCGCGCAGCCCCCCGGACUCCGCGCCCUGCGCCGCCGCCCAGUCCGCAGAUCAGCGCCGCCGCAGCCAGUCUCACCUGGCGGCGCCGCCCGCCCGCCACCCCGGCCACAGCCCCAGCACCCAAGGCCAUAGCCGCGGCGACCGCGACAGCGGUGGGGGACACUGCUGAGUCGAAGAGAGCGCAGCCCGGCCACCGGACCUACUUACUCGCCUUGCUGAUUGUCUAUUUUUACGAGUUUACAACUUUUCUAAGAACUUUUGUAUACAAAGGAACUUUUUUUAAAGGCAUCUCUUUUAUAUUUAAUCCAAAGAAGAAGGAUCUCUGGCAAUUUGGGGUUUUGGGUUUUGGCUUCGUUUCUAAGUCUUUUCCCCCUCUUCGUUGACUGGGGUUCGGGUACCCCCGCUGCUUCGGACUUCGGAGGACCUCUGAGGCCCCACAUUAAUGAGGCAGCCACCUGGCGAGUCUGACAUGGCUGUCAGCGACGCACUGCUCCCGUCCUUCUCCACGUUCGCGUCCGGCCCGGCGGGAAGGGAGAAGACACUGCGUCCAGCAGGUGCCCCGAAUAACCGCUGGCGGGAGGAGCUCUCCCACAUGAAGCAAAGACUUCCCCCGGUGCUUCCCGGCCGCCCCUACGACCUGGCGGCGGCGACCGUGGCCACCGACCUGGAGAGUGGCGGAGUCGGCGCGGCUUGCGGCAGUAGCAACCCGGCUCUUCUACCCCGGAGGGAGACGGAGGAGUUCAAUGAUCUCCUGGACCUGGACUUUAUCCUCUCCAACUCACUGUCUCAUCAGGAGUCAGUGGCCGCCACCGUGUCCUCGUCGGCUUCAGCCUCAUCCUCUUCCUCCCCAUCGAGCAGCGGUCCCGCCAGUGCGCCCUCCACCUGCAGCUUCAGCUAUCCGAUCCGGGCUGGGGGCGACCCGGGCGUGGCACCGGGCAGCACUGGAGGCAGCCUCCUCUAUGGCCGGGAGUCUGCACCUCCCCCGACAGCUCCCUUCAACCUGGCAGACAUCAACGAUGUGAGCCCCUCGGGCGGCUUCGUGGCCGAACUCCUGCGGCCUGAAUUGGACCCAGUGUACAUUCCGCCGCAGCAGUCGCAGCCGCCAGGUGGCGGGCUGAUGGGCAAGUUUGUGUUGAAGGCAUCGCUGAGUGCCCCCGGCAGCGAGUACGGCAGCCCAUCGGUCAUCAGUGUUAGCAAAGGCAGCCCAGAUGGGAGCCACCCGGUGGUGGUGGCGCCCUACAGCGGUGGCCCGCCGCGCAUGUGCCCCAAGAUCAAGCAGGAGGCUGUCUCCUCGUGCACCGUCGGCCGGCCCUUAGAGGCCCACUUGGGCACUGGACCCCCUCUCAGCAAUGGCCACCGGCCGCCUGCCCACGACUUUCCCCUGGGGCGGCAGCUCCCCAGCAGGACUACCCCAACCCUGGGUGCGGAGGAACUGCUAAGCAGCAGGGACUGUCAUCCUGCCCUGCCGCUCCCCCCGGGCUUCCAUCCCCACCAUGGGCCAAACUACCCACCCUUCCUGCCGGAUCAGCUGCAGCCGCAGGUCCCACCGCUCCAUUACCAAGAGCUCAUGCCACCUGGUUCCUGCAUGCCAGAGGAGCCAAAGCCAAAGAGGGGGAGAAGGUCGUGGCCCCGGAAAAGGACGGCCACUCACACUUGUGAUUACGCGGGCUGCGGCAAAACCUACACGAAGAGUUCUCAUCUCAAGGCACACCUGCGAACCCACACAGGUGAGAAACCUUACCACUGUGACUGGGAUGGCUGUGGGUGGAAAUUUGCCCGCUCAGAUGAACUGACCAGGCACUACCGCAAACAUACUGGGCACCGCCCCUUCCAGUGCCAGAAGUGCGACCGGGCAUUUUCAAGGUCGGACCACCUUGCCUUACACAUGAAGAGGCACUUUUAAAGCCCAAAACAGUGGAUAUGACCCACACUGCCAAGAGAGAAUUCAGUAUUUUUUUUUUUUUAACCUUUCACACUGUCUCCCUGGUGAGGGGAGGAACCCAGCUGGAAAGCACUACAAUCAUGGUCAAGUUCCCAACAAGUCAACUUGUGAAUGGAUAAUCAGGAAACAUGAGGAAACCAAAAGACAAAUUAAAGAACAGAUGGGGUCUGUAACUGGAUCUUCUAUCAUUCCAAUUCUAAAUCCAACUUGAACAUAUAUUCCUGGACUUAUACGAAAACAUCAACGGGGUUACUGGAAGUUGUGGAUAUCAGGGUAUAAAUUAGAUCCAUGAGUUGGGGGAGGGAAGACCAGAAUCCCUUGUAUUGUGUUUCGAUGCAACAUAAGCAAAAAGAUCACCUUGUAUUCUCUUUGCCUUCUAAAAGCCAUUAUUACAAUCUUAGAAGAAGAGGAAGAAAUUCAGGUACAGAAAAUGUGUUUUAAUAGCCUAAACGAUGGUGCUUGGUGAGUCUUGGUUCUAAAGGUACCAAUUGAGGCCAAAGUUCUCAAACUGCUGCAUACUUUGACAAGGAAAAUCUAUUUUUGUCUUCCGAUCUACAUUUAUGACCUAAGUCAGGUAAAUACACCUGGUUUACUUUAACCUUUUUAUGCAGACAGUCUGUUAUGCACUGUGGUUUCAGAUGUGCAAUAAUUUGUACAAUGGUUUAUUCCCAAGUAUGCCUUAAGCAGAACAAAUGUGUUUUUCUAUAUAGUUCCUUGCCUUAAUAAAUAUGUAAUAUAAAUUUAAGCAAACUUCUAUUUUGUAUAUUUGUAAACUACAAAGUAAAAAAAAUGAACAUUUUGUGGAGUUUGUAUUUUGCAUACUCAAGGUGAGAAUUAAGUUUUAAAUAAA